CAUCGACCAUCUCUCUUCUUCUGCCUCUUCCUUUUCGGGAGCUUGCUUUAAGGUUUUAAAAUUCUACCCGAUAAUCAAUUUAACUUCUUGCAGUUUUUCCAUGGCGGCUGGCCUAUCCGCAGCCGUAACCCGUAAACCCUUCCGUUCAUUUCUAUCUUCGCACCCGACGCCGAAGCCAACGCCAGUUUUCCAUCCUUUACUUCACCUCCAAAAAACAAACUAUGGAGCUCGAAGGAGGACAAACUUUGCUGUUUGUUUUGUGUUGGAGGAACAGAAACAGAGUGCUCCCUUGAUCGUAAAACUCGUAGAAGAAGGAUCCGAGGAUGUUGGAGAUCCUCAGAUCUUAAUACCCGCACGUAUGGCGGAGAAGUUGUCUAGAAAGAGAUCCGAAAGGUUUACUUAUCUUGUUGCAGCUGUCAUGUCUAGUUUUGGGAUCACUUCCGUGGCUGUUAUGGCCGUUUAUUAUAGGUUUUCUUGGCAAAUGGAGGGUGGAGAGGUGCCUCUUUCUGAAAUGUUUGGUACAUUUGCUUUAUCAGUUGGUGCCGCUGUAGGCAUGGAGUUUUGGGCUCGAUGGGCUCAUCGAGCUCUCUGGCACGAUUCUUUAUGGCAUAUGCACGAGUCUCACCAGCGACCUAGAGAUGGUCCGUUCGAGCUAAACGAUGUAUUCGCCAUUAUCAACGCCGUCCCAGCUAUUGCUCUUCUUUCUUAUGGUUUCUUCAACAGAGGCCUUGUACCUGGUCUAUGUUUUGGUGCUGGGCUUGGUAUCACGGUGUUUGGAAUGGCCUACAUGUUCGUCCACGAUGGUCUCGUCCAUAAGAGAUUCCCUGUGGGGCCCAUUGCCAAAGUUCCCUACUUCAGGAAGGUUGCUGCGGCGCACCAGCUUCAUCAUUCAGAAAAAUUCAACGGUGUUCCAUAUGGGCUGUUUCUAGGGCCUAAGGAAGUGGAGGAAGUGGGAGGGCUACAAGAAUUGGAGAAAGAGAUCAAUAGGAGAAUCAAAUCAAGCAAGGGUUCGUGAUAAUUCUAUUCGAAAGGGACGCAUCUUUUAGCAAUUUUCUGUGUAUAGAAACAAUACUGUCAUUAUCAUAAAUGGAAAAUGAUUUGGAGUUGAUCACUAUUGCUUUUCUACCGGUAGAAAGAC